AUGCAACUCACAGUUCUUGCCUCUGCCAUCCUGGCCCUGGCCCAGGGCGCUCUGGCUAUUCCCGCUAAGGCCCCAGCUCUGGACGUUACCCUGAGCCAGAUUGACAACACUCGCGUCAAGGCCGUGGUCAAGAACACAGGCGCCGAGGAGGUCACCUUUGUGCACCUGAACUUCUUCCGUGACGCUGCCCCCGUCAAGAAGGUCUCCCUGUUCCGCAAUGCCACCGAGGUCCCCUUUAACGGCAUCAAGCUGCGCUUCCGCAACAAGGGCCUCACCGAUGAUGUCCUGACCACCCUGGCCGCCGGUGCCACCUUCGAAGACGAGUUCGACAUCGCCAGCACCGCCGAUCUCACUGAGGGUGGCGUCGUCACCGUCCGCAGCCAGGGUGUCGUCCCUCUCACCAAGGACAACAAGGUCUCGGGCUACAUCCCGUUCACCUCCAACGAGAUCGAGCUGGAGGUCGAUGGCGCCAAGGCUGCCGCCGUCCCUGCGGCCAUCAACCUCCUGGACCGCCGAACAAAGGUCGCCUCGUGCUCCGGCAGCAGGGCCACCGCCCUCCAGACUGCCCUGCGCAACACCGUCUCGCUGGCCAACGCUGCCGCGAGCGCUGCCGAGUCGGGCUCCUCGUCCCGCUUCUCCGAGUACUUCAAGACCACCUCGUCUGCGACGAGAAGCACCGUCGCCGCCCGUCUGCGCGCGGUUGCCAGGGAGGCCGGCUCCACGUCCUCCGGCAAGACCACGUACUACUGCGGUGACCCUUACGGAUACUGCGACCCCAACGUGCUUGCCUAUACCCUCCCUUCGAAGAACAUCGUCGCCAACUGCGACAUCUACUACUCCGACCUGCCUGCCCUGGCCCGCUCCUGCCACGCGCAGGACCAGGCCACCACCACUCUGCACGAGUUCACCCACGCCCCCGGCGUCUACUCGCCCGGCACCGAUGAUCUCGGCUACGGAUACCAGGCCGCCACUGCUCUGAGCACCAGCGAUGCCCUGAACAACGCUGAUACCUAUGCCCUGUUUGCCAAUGCCGUCAACCUCAACUGCUAG